GAGAGCAAUCUCUAUUCCGGAUUCAUUUCGUUCAUUUCAAGUGAUUUCUUGUACGACAUAAAGAACAUCACCUAUUUUAAUUAGGAAACAUGAAUUAAUUGCAAUAUCAAUUAGCACAUAUUGUUACAAGACACAGACUACAUUCAUUACACAACACAUUGCGACUCAUCAACAUCAUUAUGGCAGUGCUGGGUGCUCAACUAGUCAUCACACUGGUGAUGGUCAGCGUCGUACAGAAGCUGAGUCCCCAUUAUUCCCUGGCCAAAUGGAUACUUUGCCGCACGGGACUCUUUCGCUAUCUGCAUCCGACGGACGAUGAGCUGCGUACCAAGGGCGGUGUGCCCAAAGAUCGUCCAGCCAAAGGCAAACACAAGCAGGCAAAUGGAAUGGCAAACGGUGCUGGUGCUAGUGCCUCAAAUACAUUUCACAUACCGCGCAGCAUUGAGGUGGAGCUGGAGACGCUGCCGGUGGAGGAGCGAGAUGUGGUGCAUCUACGGUACUUCACUGAAUACCAGUGGCUGGUCGAUUUUAGCGUCUAUGCGGGUAUUGUGUAUGUGAUUUCGGAAGUAUUUCACUACUUCUAUCCACUGCAGAAUGAGAUCAAUCUGAGCAUGGUGUGGUGUCUACUGGUCAUAUUCUUUGCUCUCAAACUGCUCUCCUCGCUGACCGUUUUGUAUUUCCAAAGCGACGAAUCGAUUGGGGAGCGCUCUAUGGUGAUUGUGGCGUGUCUGGUUUAUUUGCUCAUCGCAAUGAUUGUGCUGAUCAUUGAUGAGCGCAUCUUGGAAACGGGGCUGGAGGAUGCCUAUAGCAGCUUCAAUGCCAGCGCAUCAAAAUUUCUCACCGAACAGGGUCUACCCUCAUCUGGACCGGCCUCCAAAAUUGUUGUGAAAUUCUUCCUGGCGCUCAGCUGCGGUGUGCUCGGCUCGCUGUUCACCUUUCCCGGCCUGCGCAUGGCCAAAAUGCAUUGGGAUUCACUGAAAUAUUGUCGCGGGAAUCGAUUGCUACAGCUUCUGCUCAAUGUCAGCUUUGUGCUGCCCUUCAUACUGGUCAUUCUGUGGAUACGACCCAUUAGCCGCGACUAUUUGACGGUGCGCGUCUUCGAGGGCAUGCAACAGCCUCUCUUAAAGCCACACGUUUUCGAGACAUUGCGUCUGCUGCUCGUUGUCUUUGUGGUCAUUGUGCGCUUUGCGCUGAUGCCCAUUUAUUUGCAAUCAUAUCUGAAUUUGGCCUAUGACAAGAUACUCGAUCUGCGCAAGGAGGCGGGACGCAUUACCAACGUUGAGUUCCAAAAGAAGAUCUCAUCGAUAUUCUACUAUCUGUGUGUUGUCACAUUGCAAUUUGCGGCGCCACUGAUUUUGUGCCUCUAUCUGACACUGAUGUACAAGAGCCUAGGUGGCUUCAGCUGGGCAGGCAUUUAUAAGGAGACUGUGUUGCUGCAGCACGAAUGCGCUGCCGAUACAGAAAUGGCAUCGCUGCCAGAGACCUCAUUAGAUCCUAAUGGGGGAGAGAACGAAUUUAAUAUUGUACAAUCGGCGCAGUCAUUGCAGGCCUCGUUUGCUGGUCUGAAAAAUGUGUUCUCGACGGAAGUGUACAAGGGAUUUCUGGGUUUCGCAACCUGGUGGAGUUAUUUUACUCUGUUUGCGACUUCCUCGCUGGGCAUCGUUUAUCAGUCGUAUUUUAACAAGACAUAGAAGCAGCAUUCACCAAAUCGAAGGCAAUCGGCGGCACAAAAGGAUACCACCAAGGAUACCAACGUAGUAGUAGUACUAGUUACCACAAUUUAGGAGUCAUUUUUACUUCUCCUUAUUUCGUUGAUAUUGUUAUUAUUAUAUUUUUUGUUGUAGUCAGGCGAUAGCUCAAACUUAUUGUAAAUAUUACUAAUUUAUGUGUACUAUUUGUUUACCAAUAUUUUAGUAAACGUUUCAAAAAAAAAGCAGCAAUUGUUCAAUUUGAUAACACCAUUUAUUUGGACUUAAAGCAAACUACCACACACAUCAAGGAAAAAAUAUCUUUUAUGCUUGUUUAUACUCAAUAGAAUGAUAAUUUCAUUUCAUAUAUGAAUAGUAUAUUUAAAUAUAUAUUUCUGGAUUAAUAUGUA